AAGAAGAAUAGAAAAGAAGAAGAAGGAUAGUAGCGCGUCAUGGCGGAUCUCAGAGAUAAAGCGUUACAAGAUUAUAGGAAAAAACUGUUAGAACACAAAGAGAUUGACGGACGAUUGAAAGAAUUGAGAGAACAGCUGAGGGAACAAACUAAGCAGUACGAAAAAUCAGAGAAUGACCUGAAGGCCCUUCAAAGUGUUGGUCAGAUUGUUGGAGAGGUGCUUAAGCAGCUUACGGAGGAGAAAUUCAUUGUAAAGGCAACCAAUGGCCCCAGAUAUGUGGUUGGAUGCCGUAGACAGUUGGACAAAUCCCAGCUGAAGCCAGGAACCAGAGUGGCUUUGGACAUGACGACUCUCACUAUAAUGAGGUACCUUCCCAGAGAAGUGGAUCCUCUAGUCUACAACAUGUCCCACGAGGAUCCAGGCAGCGUCUCCUACUCUGAAAUCGGAGGGUUGUCUGAACAAAUCCGGGAGCUGAGAGAGGUGAUUGAACUUCCUCUGACGAACCCUGAACUCUUCCAGAGAGUUGGCAUUAUUCCCCCCAAAGGUUGCCUGCUGUAUGGGCCUCCAGGCACAGGGAAGACUCUUCUUGCCAGAGCGGUGGCCAGUCAGCUGGACUGUAACUUUCUGAAGGUCGUGUCUAGCUCCAUUGUGGACAAGUACAUCGGUGAGAGUGCAAGGCUCAUUAGAGAGAUGUUCAACUAUGCCAGAGACCACCAGCCAUGCAUCAUCUUUAUGGAUGAGAUUGAUGCCAUCGGUGGUCGACGUUUCUCUGAAGGAACCUCUGCUGACAGAGAGAUCCAGAGAACUCUGAUGGAGCUGCUGAACCAGAUGGACGGCUUUGACACCCUCCACAGAGUCAAGAUGAUCAUGGCCACCAACAGGCCAGACACCCUAGACCCCGCCCUGCUGCGACCUGGUAGACUGGAUCGGAAAAUUCACAUUGAGCUGCCUAAUGAACAGGCUCGACUGGACAUCCUUAAAAUCCACUCCAGUCCCAUCACCAAGCACGGCGAAAUAGAUUUUGAAGCCAUCGUGAAGCUGUCUGAUGGUUUCAAUGGAGCUGACCUGCGUAACGUCUGCACUGAAGCAGGACUGUUUGCGAUCCGCUCUGACCGGGAGUACGUCACUCAAGAAGACUUCAUGAAAGCUGUCCGUAAAGUGGCUGACUCAAAGAAGCUGGAGUCCAAGCUGGAUUACAAACCUGUUUAAACUCUUUCUGGGUUUUUUUCAUCAACAAUGUUUAUCUCAAUCUUCUGCUUUCUUUGUUGUUACUCAGUGAACGUGGCAUGCUAAUAUGACUCAGAAAUAAAACCGGCUUGUUUAUACCUCCUCAGCUGAUCUUUAAUUCUUUAGAAUUUGCCAAUACAAAACUCUGGAACUUUCUAAUCUUAAGGCCCCUAUUUUUAUGAUCUAAAGCUUUGCUGCUAAACCCAUCGGCAUGUUUCAAUGUCUUUGUGAGGACCACCUAUUGUAUUAAAGCUCUUUGUAUUCAA